UUCCCUUUACCGGGAGAUCAUGCAGAGAGCCACGCGUCUGAAGAGGGAGCUGAGCCUGUUAGCCACAGAGCCGCCCCCGGGAAUCACCUGCUGGCAAGAGGACCAGAGGAAUGACCUUCAAGCUCAAAUAUUAGGUGGGGCCAACACACCAUAUGCAAAAGGUGUUUUCAACCUGGAAGUGAUCAUUCCCGAGAGGUACCCAUUUGAGCCGCCUCAGAUCCGAUUUCUGACUCCAAUCUAUCAUCCCAACAUUGACUCUGCUGGGAGGAUUUGUCUGGAUGUUCUCAAACUGCCACCCAAAGGUGCCUGGAGGCCGUCCCUCAACCUGGCCACUGUGCUGACUUCCAUUCAGCUGCUUAUGUCAGAGCCCAACCCUGAUGACCCACUCAUGGCUGACAUAUCCUCAGAAUAUAAAUAUAAUAAGCCGGUCUUCCUCAAGAAUGCCAGGGACUGGACGGAGAAGCAUGCAAGACAGAGGCAGAAGGCUGAUGAGGAGGAGAGCCUGGAUAAUCCACCAGAGGCCGGCAGUGAGCCAGAAACAAACAACGGAACUCAGAAAAGGAAAGCCACCAGCCUGGGGGGCCUAGAAAAGAAGUUUCACCCUGACGUUUAGGGGGGUUUCUCUUGUUCUGUUUCACAUGUCUUCAUUCCUUGCCAUGGUGGUCUCAUUCGCCUUGAAUGUUUUUCUUGGUGUUUGAUGACACAGUUUUGGUAUCCCAGGAACAGACCCUGUAUAUUUACGUACUCUGCACUACAGCGAUUCUCGGAGCUUCAUUUGUUUUAUUUAUCUUGUACAUACGUACUUGAAAACCUCUUAACCUGAAAAAUAAAUCAUCAUUAAAUGUUGA